AUGCCUAUGGCGGAUCCGUUUUGUGAAGAAACACGCCAGGUUGUAAUUCAAGCCGCCAAGAAUCUAUCCUUCGAUGUCUAUGACCGAGAUAGUGGGGAGCCUGAGCCUAAACAUCCAUGUGUACAUACCAAAGGUUCCCUAGUCACCAUCAACGGUCCACGUUUUUCUACUCGUUUUGAAUCGAAGGUAUUCCGAAGUUGGGGUUUGGAUUUAGUCGGUAUGACAUUAGUGCCUGAGGUCUCAUUAGCUCGUGAAGCAGGUCUCAGUUAUGCGUCUUUAGCCAUUGUAACGGACUAUGAUUGUUGGAAAGCAGAUGAAGCUCACGUUUCUGUUGAUAUUGUUUUGCGAGAAUUCGCUAAAAGUAUAGAUAAAGUUAAAAAGGUUGUACUCGAAGCGGUGAGAUUAAUUGGUGCUCGUGACUGGACUAAAACUAUUGAGGCCAACCAGUUGCUAGUUCAAAACUCUCGUCAAGAUUUGGCUCAUGCGAAAGACACGGACAAAUAA